AUGCUGGUCCUCGGGAUGCUGAAACGGGUGGUCAGUGGGACAGCACAGAGCAAAGCCUCUGGCCGCUGGAAGCUUGUGUUGCCUUUGCGGUUUCUAGGCAGCUCCCCUUGUCGAAUCCCAGCAGAUGACAGCUUCCACUCCGCCUCGCUCUCCGAAACAGAGCCUCCGCGGGUCUUCAUCACAGGGGGUCUUGGCCAGCUGGGAAUAGGACUUGCUGGCCUUUUGAGGAGACGAUUUGGGAAGGACAACGUGAUCUUAUCAGACAUAAAGAAGCCCCCUGCUCACGUCUUCCACAGUGGCCCUUUCAUUUAUGCCGAUAUCCUGGAUUACAAGAAACUCCGUGAGAUCGUGGUGAACCACCGGAUUAGCUGGAUCUUUCACUACAGUGCGCUGCUCAGCGCUGUCGGAGAAGCAAACGUGGCCUUGGCCAGAGAUGUGAAUAUAACUGGACUGCAUAACAUUCUAGAUGUUGCAGCUGAAUUCAAUAUGAGAUUGUUUGUGCCCAGCACGAUUGGAGCUUUUGGAGCUACCUCUCCUAGGAACCCUGCACCUGAUCUCUGCAUUCAAAGGCCCAGGACCAUCUAUGGGGUAUCCAAGGUCCACGCGGAGCUCAUGGGAGAAUACUAUUAUUACCGGUAUGGGUUAGAUUUCCGGUGCCUAAGAUAUCCUGGAAUCAUUUCUGCAGAAUCCCAGCCUGGAGGAGGAACAACUGACUACGCAGUCCAGAUUUUCCAUGAUGCAGCAAAGAAAGGCACAUUUGAGUGCAACCUCAAGGCCAGCACCAGGCUCCCCAUGAUGUACAUCAGCGACUGCCUCAGGGCCACCCUGGAAGUCAUGGAGGCCCCUGCUGAGCGCCUCUCCAUGAGGACCUACAACAUCAGCGCCAUGAGCUUCACCCCCGAGGAGCUGGCACGGGCCAUCGUUAAGCACAUACCCGACUUCCAGAUCACCUACUGUGUGGAUCCCCUCCGGCAGGCCAUUGCUGAGAGCUGGCCCAUGAAACUAGAUGACAGCAAUGCCCGAAUGGAUUGGGGCUGGAAGCACGACUUUGAUCUUCCGCAGCUGGUGGCUACAAUGCUCACCUUCUAUGGAGCCAGCACCAGAUGCGCCCAAGCAAACUGA